AUGGCUGUCUGCUCAUCUAUUAUAGCAUUGACUGCUGGCCUUGUCGCAUUCGCACAGUCUCAAUCGAUUCAGUCCCGUGCAACUGUCGAUCUCUCCAACGUGAAAACCUCGUUGACGCUGGUCUACCAGAAUAACCUCAACGCGUCCGACGACAAGAACCACGUUGGAGCGCUUCUUCUCGAUCCGUCCUCCCAAGCAAGUGCUGCGGCUGCGUGCGCUUCUGUGAAUGAGAAACUACUCCCGAAAUCAAUACUCCAAAAGCAUCAAUCGGACUUCGUCCACGCGCUUUCCUAUCAGGACUUCGAGGAACACUUCGACGCGGCAACUGGCUUCUACAUCGAUAAUGGGAUCGUGUCCAUCGGACGCCAACUAAACUUUGUGUCCUCAUCAACACAUUCUCCGAGGAAGCUUCCAAUCCUUUGCACUCAGUCAGCCAACAAUGGCUCGUCGAACGCUGGUCCAGUCAAUGGAAGCCAGAUUGCAGUAGCCUCCGGGAGCAAUACUUUCCUUGGCUAUCGCAAUCAGAAAUCGUUCAGGUUUUUGGGUAUCCCGUAUGCCGAUAACCCUCAACGUUGGACGUACUCCUCGCUCUAUUCGAAAAAGGGCCAGACGAUCCAGGCUACCGCGUACGGCUCACAAUGUGCGCAAGGAAGUUUUGGAAGCGAGGACUGUCUAUUCCUGAACAUUCAGACCCCAUAUAUUCCCAGGGCUGGCUCGAGGAGAAAUUUGCGCCCGGUCAUGUUCUGGAUUCAUGGUGGUGGCUUUACGGGAGGCACAGGCGCGGACCCAGGAACGGACGGCGGCAACCUUGCGAGCAAAGAAGAUAUUGUGGUUGUCUCGAUCAAUUACCGUUUGUCAACUCUGGGAUUUCUUGCUAUCCCUGGGACCGACAUAGCUGGCAACUUCGGGAUUGCUGAUCAGAUCGUGGCUCUUGACUGGGUGCGUGCUAACAUCGCUUCCUUUGGCGGCGACCCCAAGCAGAUCACUAUCAUUGGUGAAUCCGCCGGAGCUGGCUCAGUGCGGACACUGUUAGGCUCUCCACAAGCAAUCGGCAAGUACCAAGGUGCGGUUGCAAUGUCCAACUUAGGAGGCGGCGUAACACUGGGCCUCAAUGGUGACUACGGAACGACAUAUUCGACGUACUACACCGUGGCACAAUCGUAUGCGGUGGCGGGCGAACAGAUUUUUUCUGCUGCAGGUUGCAGCAAUAGCGAUCUCUCGGCCGAGAUUGCAUGCCUCAAACAAGUCGACGCACUGAAGCUCGUAUCGUUUCCCACGGUAGCCCGAUACGUGGUUCAAGAUGGCAAGUACGUCAACACGCCCAAGUUGAUCCUCGCAACGCGCAAUGCUAGCACUGCGCAUAUACCUACAAUAUGGGGCGUCACGCGCAACGACGGGGCCUCCUUCUCUACAUACCCGAAAACCCCCAUUUCGAAUCACUCACAAGGUCUUCAAGUUGCGCUAGGCAUCAAUUCGACAUGGGCACGGAAGAUCAUCGACUCCAAACUCUUUCCUUUCUUCAGCACCGGAAACCUCACAUUAGACUCAUUCAAUGUCUCGCAGCGGGUGGCAACAGACAAAACGUUCCGCUGCAUCGACCAAGCCACUGUCUACGCUGGCAGCUCGACCGGUGCUUUCAAGAAGGCUUAUUUCUACCAGAUGGAACGCACCAUUGGCGGAUAUGACCCCAACAACCUCGGUGGUCCCGCCAAUGAUAAUCCGAACAACCCUUACUUCCGAUUCCACGGUUCAGAUUUGCCGUUCGUCUUUGGUACCUUGUCCACGAUUCGCGAGCCUGCAGAUUUGUACUACACGCAGUUGACAACCAGCUAUUUCGCGAGCUUCGUCAAGACGGGCGAUCCAAACCCAGAUCCGGAGUAUUUGAGAGUCAGAGGAUAUGGCAAGGUAGUUGAUGCGGUAAGAAGGACAGGAAGUUGGGAUGAGGUGACAAGUAACGGAAGGGAAAUACGGUUGUUGGAUUAUCCUAGCAGAAGUGCGCCCUUUGUGGAUGUCGAACAAUGCAAGUGGCUUGGCUAUGGCCUAGACUACUAUCUCAAGGGCGGGAUAUGA